AGUUCAUUAUCGUUUGAGUUAUCAUUUAUGUGUUUGUUUAAAAAUGCUGUUAUCUAAUAAAUGACAUAAACUUGACUCUUAGAGGAAUGUUAUUACUUAACAAAUUCAUUUCAACCUUGCGGUUGUAUUUAUUCUAGUUUUAUAUUUUCUGUUUUCUCAUAAAAUGGCCAAAAACAUCCUAAGUGAUUUGCGACAAAUAUUUAAAAGCAGUGUUUCAGCUGUACUACCCGAAAAUCUAAUCAGAAAAUCUAUUUGCUACAAUUGUAAUGAGCAGCAGUUAACUAUUGCGGGUCAGCACUAUAAUCUAAAAGACAAAAAUGUUUAUGUUGUCGGAUUUGGGAAAGCUGUAAAAAACAUGGCGAUAGAGGUUGAAAAGAGUUUGGGUUCUAAAAUCAAACAAGGCAUUAUAAGCAUUCCUUUUGGCAGUUCGGAUUAUAAACCAAUCAAUGAUAGUAUAGCCUACUGGCAAGGUGCAGAAAACAAUUUACCAGAUUCAAAAGCUCUAGAAACUGCUACAAAAAUCAAAGAAUUGGUUACAAAACUAAAACACGAUGACUUUUUAUUAGUUCUUUUAUCAGGUGGUGGAUCUGCUUUACUACCUUUGCCUAAAUAUCCUAUAACUUUAGAUGACAAACUUAAUUUAAUAAAAAAAUUAGCAAAUUCUGGUGCAGAUAUUAAAGAACUUAACACAGUCAGAAAGAGAAUAUCUGAUUUAAAAGGAGGACAGCUAGCCAUUUUGGCACAACCUGCUCAAGUUUUAACUUUGAUCCUUUCUGAUAUAGUUGGCGAUCCUUUAGACUUCAUUGCAAGUGGACCAACAUCUAAGAAUGAAGAUCAUCCAUCUGAAGCCUUAAAUGUAAUUAAAAAAUACAAACUAUACAAAGACCUCCCUAAAUCAAUAAGGUCUGUAUUAGAAGAUGAUAAUCAUUUGAAAAUGUUUCCUUUAGAUAAUGUACAAAAUAUUAUAAUUGGUUCUAAUAAACUAAGCACUGAAGCUGCUACAAAAGAAGCUGUAAAACUAAACUAUUUUCCGUUUGUACUAUCUAAUAUUGUCACUGGAAAUGUAACAGACCUAGCUAAAGAAUAUGUAGAAUUGGUUAGAAUAAUUAUAGCAUUUAAAAAGGGUAACAUAAAUGCUGAUGAAUUAAAAAGAAGUUUAAACACCUUGGCUAUACCAGGUUUUGAUUUAAACAAAACUCUGUAUUCAAUUGAUGGAGAUGAUAUUAUAAAAACUAAAGAUUUAUGUUUAAUACUUGGUGGUGAAACUACAGUGGAAGUAAAAGGUGAAGGAAAAGGUGGAAGGAAUCAACAACUUAGUUUAGAAUUUUCUAAAGUAAUACAUGAUUUUAGCAAUCAACUAACUAAUCAUGAGAUAUAUUUUUUAAGUGCUGGUACGGAUGGAAUAGAUGGACCUACAGAUGCAGCUGGUGCUAUAGGAUAUCUGCAACUAAUUUCAAAUUGUCUAGAAUCAAAUAUUGAUGUUGAUAAUUACAUUGAAAAUAAUGAUUCAUAUAAUUUUUAUAGAAGAUUCCAAAAUGGAGAGCUACACGUAAUUACAGGGCAUACAGACACAAAUGUGAUGGAUAUACAUUUAAUUAUAAUAAAAAACAAAAUACAUAAAUAAUUUUCAAUUUUCUACUUUUAUUUUUAACAAAAUACAUACUAAUUCAUACCAACAUAAAUAAAGCCUAAAUGUAGUAUGUUCAAUGAAUAAAUAAAAAUUAUUAAAAUUCAUAAUCAAGUACGUAAGUAGUAUGAUUCAAACAUAAAUGCGUCUGCCUGAAGUUAGCAGACGUGCGCUGUUACCCUCCCCGCUACACCAGACACCCAAAAUGUGUGUGGUGCACAAAAUCGUGCGCAAACUUCAGGAGCACAUUUAUGUAUAUACAUAUUUGCAAAAAAAAAAUUGUUUUAGGACCAUUAACUAUGUAGUAAUAGUGAAGUUACUUUAGAAUUUGUGUUCUUCAAACCAUU